CCACAUGUCACCACUGUUGUGACCUGCUUUGGGGUCUACUGGGAACAACAGGCAUGAUAUGCGAAAUUUGUAACUUCCUCGCUCAUGAAAAGUGCAUUCCUAAUGUCGUAUCUCCCUGUACCUGCAUAAUUCCUUUCCUUAUACAGGACCCAAUGGCGCACUGUUGGUCCGAGCUAGGGCACUUCAAGAGGAAAUUCUGCAACGUUUGUCGUAAGCGGUUGGAUGAUCUUCUCUCCGUCAGGUGUGAAAGUAAGUAG